AUGGCUCCCCUUUUGCCAGGGAAGCUACGCGUCACUCAGAACAGCAGAGUCUGCGAGAUUAAUCCUAAUGUCUCAGUCGAUGACAGUGCCUCGCGCAUAACAACGACCUGCUCGCUCGUGAAGGAGUCCGGCAGUUCGCACCGUCUGGCGAACGGCUCGGAGAUGCAGGAUCGGAGCUACUGUAACGAGCACGUCGAAGGCUUGCUUGCAUGCAAGUGCAACGUAUACUGCGUGCCAUCCGAGGAGCCGGAAGCAUACCGGCAGGAGUACCCGGCGCCGUACCCGAACAACCUAAGGUUGAAGACGCUGAUCGGUACUGGGUUGGACUGGACGGAGACGGAGCUACAGCACUUGGUGGCGGUGAUCGACUUGUGCAUGCAGACGAGUGAUGUGGAUUACUGCGGGAGUGGGCGCACACCCACACACGUGCACGUUGGACUAUACACUAUAGAAAUGACAAUACGCGAAGUGAGGACCCCUGAGCUUCCGGGGAGCCAUUCUUCACGCGAAAGCUCUCCACCUACUUCACCCAAUCCUCUGGCCGACUGCAUCCCAUCCGUUCGUUUUGAAGACCAUUCCACGCAUAUACUUAGCCAUGAUCACGAGACAAUCAGGGUCCAUCCAGAUGCGGUCGACCCGGUCUUUGUCCAUAUUGAACAAAACUCGCCACCUGAAGGCAGCACCUGUUAUUUGCAACGAAUACGAUGCAUGAUCACGGGCUUCGUGUCCGCUGAGGUGGAGGCGUGCUAUAUCCUGCCUCCUGAUACGCCUCAGCCGUUGGUGUAUAAGUAUUGCGUCAUCGCAGAGGAUGAGCACCCUCCAGACUCAUGCGCGACCAUGGGGAACCCCAUCACGGCUGCCGUCAUGGCGGCCCCUUGCUCAUAUCGGUCGCUCGGGUGGCAUAAAUUGAAAGCCGAUCUCCGUCUGAUGGUAUUUCGAGCGGGACAGAAAUUGAGCAAGCGACCAUUCCACUACCAGCGUAUCUUGCGACAGCUGCUGCCCCAAAAGGAGAUUAAUCAUACGCACACCAUAGUCUCCCGGUAUUCGUCAUGGACGCUCUCCCUGAACUUGGAGAGAGUACGCGGAAGGCGGUUGUGGGCAACAGGCGAGCUCACACCUUUCCCUGAUGGUUAUUUCCGCAGCCCCAGGAAGCAAUAUUGCCCUCCCCUGUCGGAUGAUGACACUGCCCGCUUGCCUUGCCCACUUCGGCCAAUCGUCUCAGGGAUAAAGAGGAAGCGUUCUGGUGACGCCAGGGUGGACAGUGAGGUCUACACCACGGAAGAAAAUGCUCAACAGAAAAUCAGCAUUCGUCUGUGGCGUCGGGAUUGCGAUCAAGCUCGAGACGAGUGGACGAUGGGACCGCCCGCGGAACCUGAGGACGCAGAUUUGCUCGCUUAUCGACAGGAGGAAGCUGGAGAUAUGCUGCCUACUGCGCAACGACCUUGGUUCGCGGAAUGGCAUUCUUCAAACUCUUGGGCUAUCGGCUGCAUCUCAGAGUUUCCUACCGGCCGCCGCGGUAAUCAUACGCGUGGUCCUUGCGAGACGCCAAACAGCGUCUACCAGCCGUCGGUGCAUACCACUCUGACACCAAGACCUGAUCUACUUCGCUUUUCAAACCCGGAAAUGGUGGCCCAUGAGGUCCAGCCAUUUCCGCGUAUAUGGCCCUCACGAGGUAGUUCGGAUUCUCUGAAUGACAAGACAGACGAUGUUUUCGAGAGAAUGCUGGCGGAGCACACGGCUUCAAGUAUGAUGCAUCCGUGA